CGUGAACCUACCUAUACUCGUACUACACUCCAUUUACACAGUAACAGUACACAGUACGCCCCUUGUGCACCUCCUUCAAGACGACACUUCAACUGCUCUCGCCAAAGGCCAUAUUACUGCGACAGGCCAUGGUGGCCGUGCUCAAACAAUCAUAAAUCUUUUUGCCAUCUUAGAUGUAGCUCAGGCGACAUUGCAUCGCCGCAUCUGCGUCCUCCAUCCGGGCGCGACCACUCACAUCAUGACCCGCCGAAUUGUCCGAACAGGCUGUCAGCUUGCAGUCUUCGCCGUCGUUGCCUUCUUCUUCGUCCUCUUCCUCGAUAACUACUACUUUGUCCUUCCGCAAUCGAUCCAUAACCAUCUCCCGCUCCACAACGAAAGACUCAUCAUCACAGACAUAACCGUCCAAACCUGCUCUGCACUCAACCCUUUGAACAAAUGCAUGCUCGACCCAGAUAAAUGGCAUCGCAUCGAUAAGGAUUUAUACCUCAACACCGGCUGGGUCAACAAGGCUUUUGUCCACAUUAAGCGCAAAUCCGAAGAGGAACUCACAGAGGAUGACAAGGUCAUCGUGGAUGUUCGCAUUCAGAAACUCGAUCCAGCAAUCAGCGAGAAGGCCCAAGCAAGCGAGAAGUGGGAAUCUCGGCCCGCUAAGCUAUGGCUGAAGCGAUCUAAGAAGCGUCAUGCGAGCGACGGAAAGAACACAGUCACCGCAGUGGAUGUGCUCUUCGGUGCCGAUGCAGUCGAGCCUCGUCUCGGUUGGCAAUUGGUCAAUGGCGCUCUUCGUCUAGAGAAUGGCGAAAACAAGGAGCCACGCCUGAGCAUUCGACGCGGCGCUCCGGUGAAGAUCGAAAGAGAAAAGCAGGUGCCGAGGAUCAGGAAGGAUGGGAAGUUCAAGAUCUUGCAGGUGUCUGAUCUUCAUCUCAGUACUGGACUUGGUGCUUGCCGAGAUCCGGAGCCUCCUGGUCAUAAUGGAGGCAAAUGCGAUGCGGACCCUAGGACCCUUGAGUUUGUGGAGAAGAUCAUUCAAGAGGAGAAGCCAGACCUGGUUGUCCUUUCCGGAGAUCAGGUCAACGGCGAAACCGCACCCGAUUCACAGACCGCUUUGUUCAAGAUUGCUGGUCUUCUCGCAGAACACAAGAUCCCGUACACUGCCAUAUUUGGCAACCACGACGAUGAAGGCUCUCUAUCGCGCAAUGCCCAGAUGUCACUAUAUCAAUCCCUACCCUACUGCCUUGCGGAGGCUGGUCCCAACGAGUUGGCUGGAGUGGGCAACUACUACAUCGAAAUUUCGGCCCAUAACAGCAGACACUCUGCUCUCACUCUCUAUUUCCUUGAUACUCAUGCUUAUUCGCCCGACGAGAACAAAUACCGAGGCUACGACUGGUUGAAACCAGAUCAGAUCGAAUGGUUCAGAAACACAGCUGAGCACUUGAAGGAAGCACACAAGCACUACACCCACAUCCAUCUCGACAUGGCCUUCAUUCAUAUCCCGCUCCCUGAAUAUGCCGUCGAAGGUCAGCAACGAGUGGGCGAGUGGAAAGAAGGCGUCACCGCCCCUGGCUUCAACACCCACUUCAAAGACGCACUCGUUGAGCACGGCAUCAAAGCCGUGUCUUGCGGCCACGACCACGCGAAUGACUACUGCGCCAUGUCCCAGAAUGCCAACAAAGAUGGAGAUCUGUGGAUGUGCUACGCCGGCGGCAGCGGCUUCGGAGGAUACGGCGGCUAUGGAGGUUACCAUCGCCGCGUCAGAGUAUUCGAAAUCGACGCCAACCAGGCACAAAUAUCUACGUGGAAGAGAGUCGAAUACGGCGACACUGGGAAGCGGCUCGACGAACAGGUCAUUGUCUCCGCCGGGAAGAUCGUUGCUCCUCAGCAGUGAUAGGCAUUCGAUACAGCUCUCAAAGAGGUUUCAUAGGUGUUAUCGAAAAAAAAAUUGGGAAUUAAAAGGUAUACCAUUCAGCGAGGUGCUCUGGCGUCAGGAGUCUUUCUCUAUUUGUCCUGUUUCCCUUGGGAAGAUUUCGUUGCUUAGCAGGCAUAUCGAACGCGACGAGCGCAGAUUUAAGGGUUCAUAUCUUAUUUCAGUAUUGUUUCAUGCGGGUUGUACUUUUUAGGUCUCUUGGUUUUCAACUGUAGUGAAUGAAGAUGAAGCUAGUUACACUGGCCUUGCCUGCAGUCAUCAAACAUCGUCGUCUUGGAUUAUCUCCCCAAGCACGAAUGCCAUUCCCCUACGAUGUCUCUCUCAAUACCACUACGUAC